UUGAAAAAAGCCAAGCAACCAAACCUAUGCCAAACAAAACAAAAGUAGAAACAGUCACAACAAUUCAAACGUAGGUUGCUCUCUAAAUCUUUAUCCUUAAUCUUUUUCAACAACAUUCUUCGUUAAUACUCUGUUUCUCUAUCUUUGAACCUCCGCAGUUCUCUUUAAGAACAAAAAGGAAGAAAAACCGAGAUAUCAUGUCUAAGAUGAAAUCUGAUCGUAAGCCUCCGCUUGCUAAAUCGCCUAUCCGCCUACGACCCCGUCGCGUCCUUCGAUCAAACUCAACCUCCCUGCAAACCCCACCAGGUUCUUUGACGAAAUCCCAGAAGCCUAUCCGUACUUGGGCCGUUGAAGAAUCUGAGAUUCGACCAGAGUAUCGCUCUAUUUCUUGCGAGUUACGGGCUCUGGCGAAGUUGGUCAGAGAUGAACUCGGAAACGGGGAACCCGAAAAGGCUGGUUUUGGUGAGACUAGUCUCAGCGCCAACUCCACUCCUCUGUUUGAGAGGGGCCGGUUUUACGAUGAGUACUCAGCCAGGAGAAACGAGAGGCUUAAGAGAAAGAAAGGAGGCGAAACCGGCGAUGACUCAAAGGCUGGGCACCAUCUUGGAGUUACAGUUGAAUCUUCAAAGAGAAGAGACUCGAAGAAGCUCGAGAGCUUGAGGAAGUCAGUGUCUGCUGCUUAUUCCGCGGAGAUGAACGAGACUCAGACUCCUAGGUACAUGCUCAGAAGUAUGAGCAAAGAGAACAAGAAACCUCCUCUUGCUGUCAACAAUAACAAGUCGUCUGUGAUUGGCAGUGAAAGGAAAACUGGGGCUAGAAGGGUUAAGAGGAUCUGAGAAUUGGAAAUUGGGUUUUCUAUGCAAGUUUUUUUUCUUGGAUAUUUCUUUUUAAUUUAGGAAAAUUGGAACUCUGUUUCAUUUUUAAUGCAUUUUUAUCAUUAUGUUUCGUUCUGGUUACUCUACCAGACGUUUGAUGCUGCACAGUAUACAUUGCCCUGUCUUGUUUUUGUUUCUCAAUAUAUAGAUAUGAACAUGAGAAUGGUCAAGUAUUCUCGUAUUCAGCUUUUA